ACUCGCUUGAAUUAAUCUCAGAACGGGUUUCAACUUUAGAGGAAAAUGUACUCGAUUUGUAUAUUUUAUUUUUUAUUUUUCCUUCACUGUGUGCCUACGUUGGAAGCUGGUAAAUGUGGUUAUCAUGAGUUCUUUUACUGUGGACCAGAAUGUGACAACGAUUGCUCCACGUUACACGAGAUGAAUCGAACGAAUUGUCCUAUUUCAAAUAUUGUAUGCAAUGAAAAGUGUUAUUGUGAAGAUGGGUACGCCAGAAAUGAUGCAGGAGAGUGUAUACCAGUAGAAGAAUGUCCCAGCUCACACGAUCGAGAGAUGAGAAGUCCGAAAAGUCAUAUACAUCGUGAGCCAUUGUUAUGUCCACCAAACGAAGAGUAUGCUAUGUGUAAAAAAUCCUGCCCACCCGAUACCUGUAUAUCUCUUGUUGCAAGGUUUAAAUGCGAUUCCAGAGAGGAAUGCAUACCCGGUUGUGCCUGCAAAUCUGGUUUCUUGAGAAAAUAUACCGACGGACCUUGCAUGCCUAUUCGCGAAUGUCCCCAACUUGCAUCAUCACCAGAUUUCUUGUAUCCAAUGCAGUGUUACCAGGCUAAUGAAAUUUUAGACUGCGUUUUUCCAUGUCCACCGGAAAAGAGUUGCAGGAAUCGUGAAGUUAUGUUCAACUGCCUGGAUGUCCUACAGCCUUGUAGACCUAAGUGUGUUUGCAAACCUGGUUUUUAUAGAAAUUCCAAUGGCGAUUGCGUAACAGGCGAACAAUGUGCCAAAUGUACUGGAGAACACGAAUUUUUCUCAUGUGGCUUAGCGUGCGAUACAGAGUGCGCCACAUUAAAUGAAAGGUGUCGAAUAUUAAACAUCAAAUGCAACGAGAAAUGUUAUUGCGAAAAAGGAUAUGCAAGGGAUGAAGAUAGAAAAUGUAUACCAAUUACGGAAUGUCCAACUAAACCAUAAUUGUUUAAAAUAAAAAUAAUUAUUCAAAUAAUGUGUAUAUACGCAUAGAAACACCUCCUGAUGACGCGCUGAGACCUAUGCGCAAAAAUCGACAUCUUAGGUAGAGAAGGCUAUUCACCGAGUCUUAUUAUUAAAACAAUACAACAUAGUGUCAUAGUAUGCAUCGGAAGAAGUGAAUGUUAAAUUGAAUGAGCAAUUAUGUUAUAAAUUUGUUGAUAAUGAACAAUACAAUAUUUUACGAUUAUUUUAUAAUAUAUUAUUGUUAUCACACAACUUACCUAAAAAUCAGGGUUGCUGGUGAUAGCAAGAUGGGAGUAAAUCGGCUUUAGGUUGCUGGUAUAAUUUAUAAAUUGUUUGUACUUCUUUUUUUAUGUAUUCCUUAAUGAAAUAAAUGGUGUUUUCUUUCCUCUUA